GACAAGUGAACAUAAUGCCUCAACUACCUCCAUACAAUCAGUUUCUAAUGUACCUGCUACAUCAGUUAGACCCAACCCAAUAAUGGAUUUAAUAAGUGCAAGUUUUACACCAUCUUUAUCAAAUUCCGUGACAUCCAUUAUAAAAGAUGGCCACGUUGGUAGACCAAGAUAUGACAUUACAAAAGAGCAAGUACUUCACUUCAGAUCACUAGGUUUUAAGUGGUCGAAAAUAAGUGAAAUUUUGAAUAUUUCAAGGAGGACUUUAUAUCGGGUCAAAGACACCCAUAGCAUCACAGAAGAGACGUUUAAUAGACGAAAUAAAAUCUAUAAUACAGGACAUUAUGAUGGGAACUCCAAAUGCUGGAGAAACAUAUAUUUUAGGAAGUAUUUGUGCGCGGAACAUGAAAGUACCUAGAGCUACCAUACGAGAGAUUUUGAAAGAAGUAGAUCCAUUAGGAAGAUCAGAGCGUAAGAGAAAAACGAUUAAACGUAGAGUCUACAAUGUAAAGGGUGCAAAUCACUUAUGGCACAUAGACUCCAAUCACAAAUUGAUAAAUUUCCGAUUCGUAUAUCACGGUUGUAUAGACGGUUACAGUAGAAGCAUCAUAUACCUAGAAUGUAUGCACAAUAAUAAAGCUGACACUGUACUUUCAUUAUUUGAAAAGGGUGUACAGAACUUUGGUCUGCCAAGCCGUGUUCGAGGAGACCAUGGUACUGAAAACGUAGCAGUAGCCAGAUACAUGUUGACUCAGAAAGGCAUUAACCGUGGGAGUUUCAUAACUGGCCGUUCUGUGCAUAAUCAGCGUAUCGAAAGAUUGUGGUCAGAAGUGAAUAGAGUUGUGUCCAAACACUACAAAGAACUAUUUUUAAUGAUGGAAGAAGAAAAUUUGAUUGAUGAAACUAGUGAGAUAGAUCUGUAUUCUUUGACGUAUGUAUAUUUGCCAAGAAUACGCCAGUCAUUAAAGGAGUUUGUGUCGCAAUGGAAUAACCACGGUCUGAGGACAAUGAACUGUAGAUCCCCGCUACAACUGUGGAACACAUCCAUAAUUGAAGGAAGUGGACAUGAUGAAGACAGUUUAUAUUGGAAAGAGCCUGACUACUAUGGUGUGGAAGAUUCCACAUCUUUUCCGGAAAUUGUAACUUCUAACAACGUUAUCGUUCCAGAAUCCAACAUAAAUUUAACUGUACAACAAUUUCAAAGAUUGGUUGAAGCAGUUCCAGAUCCAUUACGAAAUGAUAAUACCCAUGGAAUUAGUCACUAUUUAUGUAUAAAAAAUUUACUGAAUACGUUAGUGAAUUGAAAUAAUUUUAAGAAAAACUAUACAUUCAUAAAAUUACCUAGUUAGUAUUUUUUAAUAAACGUAAGUGUUUUCUAAACAUAAGGUUACUAAUUUAGCGCAGUAAUA